ACGAUGCACUUGCUGGGAUUACUCUCUCUGGCUUGCUAUUUGGCGGCUGCCACUCUGCUGCUGCGGGGAGCUCGCCAGCCGCCCGCCACCGCCGCUGCCUAUGAAUCCGGGCAGGGCUACUACGAGGAGGAGCCCGAGCUGGGGGAGGCGAAGCAGGCUCAUGCAAGCAAAGAGCUGGAAGAACAGUUGCGAUCUGUAUCCAGUGUAGAUGAACUCAUGACAGUACUUUAUCCAGAAUACUGGAAAAUGUUCAAAUGUCAGUUGAGAAAAGGGAGCUGGCAACACAGGGAACAAUCCAGCUUCAAUGCAAGAUCAGAAGAUUCAAAUCCAAUAAAAUUUGCUGCAGCACAUUAUAAUGCAGAGAUCUUGAAAAGUAUUGAUAAUGAGUGGAGAAAAACUCAAUGCAUGCCACGUGAGGUAUGUGUAGAUGUGGGGAAAGAAUUUGGAGCAACAACAAACACCUUCUUUAAACCUCCAUGUGUGUCCAUCUACAGAUGUGGAGGUUGCUGCAAUAGCGAGGGCCUGCAGUGUAUGAAUAUCAGCACAAGCUACAUCAGCAAAACGUUGUUUGAAAUAACUGUGCCACUGUCUCAUGGUCCAAAACCUGUAACAAUCAGUUUUGCCAAUCACACAUCUUGCCGAUGCAUGUCUAAACUGGAUGUCUACAGACAAGUUCAUUCCAUCAUUAGACGUUCUUUGCCACUGACACAUCCACAGUGUCAUGUGGCAAACAAAACUUGUCCAAAAAGCUAUAUCUGGAAUAACCACAUCUGCAGAUGUCUGGCACAACAUGACUUCAGUUUCUCCUCCCACCUUGGGGAUACGGAUCCUACUGAAGGAUUCCAUGAUAUCUGUGGACCUAAUAAGGAGCUUGAUGAAGAAACCUGUCAGUGUGUCUGCAAAGGGGGAGUGAGGCCUUCCAGCUGUGGAGCCCACAAAGAAUUAGACAGAACAUCCUGCCAGUGCACAUGUAAAAAUAAACUGCUGCCUAGCUCAUGUGGACCCAACAGAGAUUUUGAUGAAGAAAGGUGCCACUGUGUAUGUAAAAGAACAUGCCCUAAGCAUCAACCACUAAAUCCUGCAAAGUGUAUCUGUGAAUGUGUAGAAUCUCCAAACAAAUGCUUCUUGAAAGGAAAAAGAUUUCACCAGCAAACAUGCAGUUGUUAUAGACCACCGUGUACAGUUCGAACGAAGCGCUGUGAAUCUGGAUUUUAUUACAGUGAAGAAGUAUGUCGGUGUGUCCCCAUAUAUUGGAAAAGACCACUUAUCAAUUAGUGAAGAAACCAUCAUCUGAUAUUCUGGUGUACAUUUUUCCUUUUUUUAAAAAAAAGACUUCUGACAUUUUGAACUUCCUGAGCACCAGUGACACUAUGGGCAUAUAAGAGACAGACUUGUUUGUGCUCUUCCUGAGACCCACAAAAAAGCAAAUGUAGGAAAAAAUGGACUUUCUUCCUAUAAAGAAUUUACUAAGGACAUGAUUUUUGAUGACCAAACAACUUAGGUUUUCUUCCCUGUGAUUUUUUUAAAAAGAUAAUGACUAUAUAAUUUAUUUCCAUAAAAAUAUUUUUCUGCAUUCCUGUUUAUAGCAGUAACAAUUGUUAAAUCUCACUGUGAUCAAUAUUUUUAUAUCAUGCAAAGUAUGUUUAAAAUAAAAUGAAAUUGUAUUAUA